UAGAGGAACAAGAGGAAAAAAGUUUGGUGAAGUUAGAGAGGUAAGGAGCAGGCACUGGAGGCUGUACAGUGAGAGAUUAGUGAGCGGAGCAUGAAUGACAAUAAGAGAGAGAGAGAGAGAGUGUGUGUGAGGAGGUCUUACCUCUGUGGAAUUUAGUUUUACUCCUACUUUUGUGACUUUGCCUGCACAUAUCACGCAGUCUGAGUGGGUGAAAGCUGGACCUUUACAGCCCAUGACAAUAAUUACACUGUGUGACUGUGUUAGAAAGUGUUUAAAAAGAUGACCAACAGGUCUACAUCUUCUCAAAAAGAUGGAAGAGACGCAGCAAACGGACACACCUUUUCCCAAAAUGGGACUCAUCCAGAUUCCAGCGGGAAACUGCAGGACGAGGACGACAGGAAGGUGGGCCUGGGGAAGAAGGUGACCCUGCUCCGAGGGAUCUCCAUCAUCAUCGGAACCAUCAUCGGAGCCGGGAUCUUCAUCUCUCCCAAGGGCAUCCUGAAAAAUACAGGCAGUGUAGGAAUGUCCCUCGUAGUGUGGAUCGCCUGCGGGGUGCUGUCACUCUUUGGAGCCCUGUCCUAUGCUGAGCUGGGGACUUGUAUUAAGAAGUCUGGUGGACAUUACACAUAUAUAAUGGAAGCCUUUGGACCUCGGAUGGCUUUCAUAAGGCUAUGGGUUGAUCUAAUUGCUAUAAGACCUGCAGGUAUGGCGGUCAUCUCUCUGGCCUUUGGUCAGUACAUCCUGGAACCUCUGUUCAUGCCCUGCGGUAUCCCCCCUGUUGCUGUCAAACUGGCCACCGCCCUUGGGAUAACUUCUGUCAUUUACCUGAACAGUAUGAGUGUGACGUGGACGGCCAGGAUUCAAAUCGUCCUCACCCUCAGUAAGCUGCUGGCCAUCGCCAUCAUCAUAGUGCCCGGGCUGUACCAGCUUUUUAAAGGGGAGACCCAAAACUUUGAGAAUGCCUUUGACCUUGACAAGAUGCAGCUGUCUGAUAUGCCACUGGCAUUCUACUCUGGGAUGUAUGCAUAUGCUGGGUGGUUCUAUCUGAACUUUGUCACAGAGGAGAUAGACAACCCUGAGAGGACUGUGCCAUUAGCCAUCUGUAUCUCCAUGGCGAUUGUGACCUCUUGCUACGUGCUGACCAACGUGGCGUACUACACGGUGAUGUCAGCAGAGGAGCUGCUGGCUUCAGAUGCUGUUGCUGUGACGUUUGCAGAGAAGAUGAUGGGGAACUUCUCAUUAGCUGUUCCGGUGUUUGUGGCCUUGUCCUGCUACGGCUCCAUGAAUGGCUGCCUCCUCGCUUUGUCAAGAAUGUUCUACGUGGCUUCACGUGAAGGACAGCUCCCUGAGGUUUUAUCAAUGAUCCACAUCCGCAGACACACUCCACUGCCAGCUGUUCUCAUACUGUACCCCAUGACCAUGCUCCAGCUGUUCGUGGGAGACAUCUACAGCCUGCUGAACUUCAUGAGCUUCCUGCGGUGGCUGUUCAUUGGCGUGGUGGUGCUGGGUUUACUCUACCUCCGAUAUACGAAGCCCGACCUCCCCCGUCCCUUUAAGGUCCCGAUCGUCAUUCCAGGGAUAUUCUGCCUCACAUGUUUCUUCAUGGUCUUCCUGUCUCUGUACUCGGACCCAGUGAACACAGGGAUUGGAUUUGCAAUUUCCCUCACUGGCAUCCCAGCAUACUACAUCUUCAUCUACUUCAAUAACAGACCAAAGUGGCUUCAGAAGGCUUUAGAUUCCUUUAACAGAACCUUACAGAUCCUCCUGGAGGUCGUCCCCGCUGAGCAUUAACAGCACACAAAAACUACACGUACUCUUCUGUCCCUUCAAAUCAUAAAUAUAUCCGGAGCUUUGUGAGACUAAAACAGGUGUUAUAGUCUCCAGCAGGCUCACUCAGUUCAAGGAUUGAAAGUUAAUUAUGUCAGUGCUGAAGGUGAUUUUAUAUGAUGCAUUUUAUUAUAGAAUAAAGACUUAGGUGGACCAAAGGAAAAACCCUUUUAUAUCUAUUGCCAUGUUUUUUGUGAACAUUGUGAUUAUUUAUGUUACAGUGAAGGACCCUCUGUCACUGCACAUGAUACAAACACUGCCUGGCCUAUGGGGUUUUAUUAUGCAGUAUCAUCCUGACUUUUUGUCCCAUGUUAUCACUGUUUCCUUGAAGACUAAGUAUCCACAGACUCAGGUUUAUGUACCUAAGUUCUUUUUUAGUGGGUCAAAUCUGUGAUAAAUAACUACUACACCUAAAGUGUGAAUGUGUCACUCUGUGUAGAUCAACAUCUGCUGCUUAUGUACAAUAUGCUUGUGUUUCAUCAAAUAUCUGAUCAGUUUUAUAAUCUAAUGCAGAGGGUGAAGGACUGAGAGCAGGAAGAAAAUAUGAGACACUCGCUCUACGGCAGUCUGACAAACAUCAACCGCUAAUUACAUGGCAGUGCUAAUUUGAUCAGUUCCUGUGUACAACUCUGGGAUCAGCUGAUCAAGUUUAAAUUAUCCUGGUGAUCAGAAUAUGUUUGUUUAUGGCCAAAACAAAUGUAAUUUUGCAUCUGAAACACAGAGUGACAGUGUUAAUCUGUACUUUUCCACACAUAUAUUAAGUUUAUUAUUCCAGAUUAUCUUAUUAAUAAAAUACAUUUUACAUA